AUGGGUAUCGUACACGCCAACAAUCGAGAGCCUAGGGGCUUGGAUCCAGUGCCAAUUCUUUCACAAGAAGGUCUGAAUCACGUCGAGGCUCGCCCAACCGUAGCUCAUGAUGAGGUCUUUGGCGAUAUCACAGAAGAUGGACCCAACUACCGAGAUGUUGGUUGGCUAGGCACUUCUGCACUUAUGAUGAAGACCCAAAUCGGUCUGGGCAUCCUCUCGAUCCCAUCGGCGUUCCACACUCUAGGUCUUAUCCCCGGACUCAUAUGUCUGCUCGUCAUUGGAGGCAUCACCACUUGGUCAGACUAUAUCAUUGGAACAUUCAAGCUUAAACACCGUGAGGUAUACGGUAUUGAUGAUGCAGGCGGUAUCUUGUUUGGACGUUUUGGACAAGAGUUCCUAGGAAUCAGCUUUGCUUUGUUUACCAUAUUUGCUUCUGCAUCGGGAAUAUUGGGUAUCUCCAUCAGUUUCAAUGCUUUGUCGGUGCAUGGGACAUGCACAGCUACCUUUGUCGCAGUAGCCGCCAUGAUCGUCUUUCUAUGUGCAAGCAUUCGCACCCUGGGCCGCAUAAGUUGGCUGGCAUGGGUGGGAGUGAUCUCUCUCAUGGCAGGUGUCUAUGUCGUCACCAUCGCCGUCAGCAUCCAAGACCGGCCCUCAGCAGCUCCAAAGAUGAACCUCGAAGACGAAUGGAAGUCCGAUUACAAGCUAUAUAACAAACCGAGCUUCACAGAAGCAAUGUCGGCUCUCUCGACAAUGGUCUUUGCCUAUGCUGGCACGCCUCUAUUCUUCCCUAUUGCUGCGGAGAUGCGCGAUCCGCGCCAUUAUACCAAAGCGAUGCUCCUCUGCCAGUCCGUUGCAACUGCGACAUAUAUCAUUGUGGGAGUUAUUAUCUACUACUACUGUGGCUCCUAUGUUGCCUCGCCUGCUCUGGGAUCGGCUGGCAAGACUAUUAAGCAAGUUGCUUACGGCCUUGCUUUGCCAGGUCUGAUCGUUGGUGCAACCAUCAAUGCUCAUGUUACAGGAAAAUACGUGUUCGUUCGAGUCCUUCGAGGCUCGAGGCAUCUCACAGCCAACACCCUCACUCACUGGGCUACAUGGCUAGGCCUGACCUUUGCUGCAGCCUUGUUAGCCUACAUAAUAGCGAGUGCAAUCCCUGUUUUUGGAAGUCUCGUGUCUCUUGUUGGAGCUCUCCUAGGUACACUGCAAACGUUUCAGCCAUAUGGUUGCUUCUGGUUAUACGAUAACUGGAGCGCAGGCAAGCAGGAGAGAUCUCUAAAGUGGAUUCUCAUGGUUAUAUGGAGCAGUUUUAUCAUUCUUUCUGGAAUGUUUCUGAUGAUUGCUGGAACAUAUGGAUCUGUUAUUGGUGUUAUUGACUCUUAUAAGGUGUCAGGAGGAUCAGCUGCCUUUUCGUGUGCUGACAACUCCAACUCCGUCUAGGACCAAUUUCUUUGACGAAGGCAGUCAAGAAUGGCACAGAGUAAACACAGUCCGCGACGUUAUAAGCAAUUAAUACACCACGUUUGUUAUUGUGUA